AUGGCAAGUAAUUUAGAUCUGGAGCUUCUAAAACACCUGACAACCAAAGUACUGCCAUAUGUUGACUCAGUAGGCAUAAAUGAACAAGAGCUCUCCAAUCUUAACAAUAUUUUAAAGCACGGAAGAGUAGUAUUUGUAGCAGACUCCAACCCAAGGAUAGCUACAGCACUUGAUCAAAUGCGGAACACAUUUAGACUUAUAAGGCAAAAGAACAAAAAGUUUGAUAGUAAAAGAAAACUUACCCGUAUGCAUGUGCACACUUUAGCAAAACAAGCUAUUUUAACUGUACAAAAUUCUAAAUGGAAAAGAACGCCUGCAGCUGCAGCUAAAUCAUAUUAA